AGUAAGCAAGCAAGCAGGCAGGCAGGCGGUAGAAGCGAGUGUAGUGUGCAAGGCUGUGGCGGCGGCAUGGCUUCGUCUCACGGAAGAAGUGACCUGCGCUUCGCCGACUGGAUGUCAAGUCUGCCACAGAGCAUGCACACCAUCCCGCUCACCAACUUGGCCAUCCCCGGUUCCCAUGACUCCUUCAGCUUCUACAUCGAUGAAGCGUCUCCUGUUGGCCCCGAGCAGCCGGAGACGGUGCAGAACUUUGUGUCGGUUUUCGGUACAGUGGCCAAGAAAUUGAUGAGGAAAUGGUUGGCCACGCAAACAAUGAACUUCAACAGCCAACUGGAGGCAGGCGUCCGCUUCUUCGACCUUCGCAUUUCCACUAAACCUCGAGACCCUGACAACGAGCUUUACUUUGCCCACGGACUCUUCAGUGCCACCGUCCGAGAAGGUCUUGAGCAGAUCAGCAGCUUCCUGUCGACACAUGCCAGAGAGGUGGUCUUCCUGGACUUCAACCACUUCUACGGCGUGCAGAACAUGCACCAUGAGAAACUGGUGGCCAUGUUAAAGGGCGUGUUUGGAGAGAAGCUGUGCCCGGUUGUCUUUGCCCAGGAGGUGUCUCUGCAGUAUCUUUGGGAGAAGGAGUACCAGGUGCUGGUCUUCUACCACCACCCCAUGGCCUUGGAGGUGCCCUUCCUGUGGCCCGGCCAGAUGAUGCCUUCUCCCUGGGCCAACACCACCGACCCUGAGAAGCUGGUUCAGUUCCUCCAGGCGUCUGUGACUGACCGCAGGAGGAAGGGGACCUUCUUCGUGUCCCAGGUGGUUCUCACACCAAAGGCCAGCACCGUGAUGAAGGGGGUGGCUAGUGGACUCCGAGAGACGAUCACGGAAAGGGCCUUGCCGGGAAUGAUGCAGUGGAUCAGGUCGCAAAGACCCGGCGAGAGCGGCAUCAACAUCAUCACUGCAGACUUUGUGGAGCUGGGCGAGUUCAUCAGUGCCGUCAUCACACUCAACUACCACCUGGGCGAUGAAGACGACGACGACGCCACCUGAGAGCUGUCGGGGAGCGUUGUCGCCCCUCCAUCCGCCGCUGCUGCUGCUGCUGGGAGGGGAUGGCUUCAUGCUCCGCCUCUUUUUCUCCUUGGCAUUUGUUUGAGAGGAGACGCGCUGCUCCUUUCACUUUAUUUAGGGCUCUAGUGCAGUGACCCGUCACACGGCGAUGAUGGCGUUGAGAGCGACGACGAUGCGAUGAUGUGUGGGUCCGAGGGCUAUGAGGAUGAUGAUGAUGUCUGCCUCCUACUUUGAGGUUCAACGUGCCCCUCCCCUUUUUUUAAGUGAGUCGUACAUUUCCUUUACCUCCCAUGCUGUACAAAUGGCUGCUUUUCCCAUGCAAUUGUAAAAGCUCUUCGGCAUCAUCAUUAUAUGUGUUCUGCUAGCCGUGUCGUUACAUGACGCUGAUCUCUGUGGAAUUAAUGUCUAAUCUAUGUAGGCCAUAAUCAAAAUGCAACCAUUUUGCAGUUUUUUCAAGACACAUUGGAGCCCACUAAUGUUAGCAUGUGUAUAUAUUCUUUAAAAUGUGAUAUCCAUUAUAUUAUAUCAAACCCACCAUAUACCGUAUUUUUCGGAGUAUAAGUCGCUCCGGAGUAUAAGUCGCACAGGCCCGAAAAUGCAUAAUAAAGAAGGAAAAAAACAUAUAUAAGUCGCAUUUUUGGGGGAAAUUUAUUUGAUAAAACCCAACACCAAGAAUAGACAUUUGAAAGGCAAUAUAAAAUAAAUAAAGAAUAGUGAACAACAGGCUGAAUAAGUGUACGUUAUAUUAGUGGUCCCCAACCUUUUUGUAGCUGCGGACGGGUCAACGCUUGAAAAUUUGUCCCACGGACCGGGAGGGGCGGGGGGGAUUUUUUUUAAUUUUUAUUUAUUUAUUUUUUAUUUAUUUUUUGUCAUAAAUAAAUACAAUCAUGUGUGCUUACGAACUGUAUCCCUGCAGACUGUAUUGAUAUAUAUUGACUAAUUGUAAGUUUAUCUUGUGUUUUUUAUGUUGAUUUAAUAAAAAAAUAAAAAUAAUAUUAUUAUUUUUUCAUUUAUGUUUUUUUAAUUUCUUGUGCGGCCCGGUACCAAUCGAUCCACGGACCGGUACCGGGUCGCGGCCCGGUGGUUGGGGACCACUGCGUUAUAUGACGCAUAAAUAACCAACUGAGAACAUGCCUGGUAUGUUAACGUAACAUAUUAUGGUAAGAGUCAUUCAAAUAACUAUAACAUAUAGAACAUGCUAUACGUUUACCAAACAAUCUGUCACUCCUAAUCGGUAAAUCCCAUGAAAUCUUAUACGUCUAGUCUCUUACGUGAAUGAGCUAAAUAAUAUUAUUUGAUAUUUUACGGUAAUGUGUUAAUAAUUGCACACAUAGGUCGCUACUGAGUAUAAGUCGCACCCCCGGCCAAAAACUGCGACUUAUAGUCCGAAAAAUACAGUACCACAGAGACAAUGCGGGGGGAAAAGUCAAUCAACAAUCAGAUUUAUAAUGUUUUGUUUUAGUUGGAAUUUAUUAAUGUAUAAAGACAUUUUUUAUUAUUAAUUGUUCAAACCCACAUUAUACCACAAAGAAAAUAUAACAGAUUAGUCAAUAAUUUUGUAUUUAUUAAUUUAUUUUGUAUUUAUUUAUUGACUAAACCCACCUUGUACCAUUUAAAAUAGGUGUGCUCCGCCCCAGAAAAAAGAACAACAAAUACAUUUAACUUUUAAAUUUGAUUUGGAUUGAUUAUCUAUUCAUUGAUUAACCUCUAAAGGCCUUAGUGGCCACAUGCGUGGACAGCACCUUUUAGGUCUUAUUUUUUUAAAUUGUGUACACUACUGAAUUGGGGUCUUAUGCCGACAUAUGGACACUUAUACUGCUAUCUGGUGGUGUCAGAAGAAUAUAACAUACAAUGGAAUUUGGGAAGAAAAAAAAGGUGUAAAAAUAAAAAUGAGAAUGUCACUACACAUGAAGUACACGUUUGUGUACUUAUGGACUAAGUACAUCAUAUCAAAAGAUGAUUUUUAGUUUUUAUUCUAAUUAGGGUCCAAUAAGCCCAAAUAGCAAAGACAAAUAAAAAACGCAUGUAAACAAACAGCUUGGGCCUUAAGAGGUUAAACCCAACAAAUUUGCUUGAGAGUAUUUGUAAAAAAAAAAAAAAAAAUCAAAA